AUGGGAAGAAGGAGACCAGAGCUGCGUGGCUCCUGCGCCCACCGGCACCUGUCGCAGCCUAGCCCUCUGCAGCCGGCACCGCUCUCUGCUGCGAGAGAGAUCACCCAUGCGGCAUCAGCUGUCCCGUCCUGUGCUCCCUCUGCACCACCGGUGCUGCAGCGGCUCCUGCUGACAGAGAGAGAGAGAGAGAUCGCUCGUAUUGCCAGCACGGCCUGUGUGACCAACUCUGCGUCGCUGCUGUUGCCCGCAUGCUCUGCCAAGGAUGGCCGUCCUGGCAUUGCACUGAUGACCCAUCGACAAUCCGGGUCGGCAUUACAAAAAGCCAGACUCUACAAGAGAGGCUUCUUCGAUUUUCACCUGUUGAUCCAUGGCUUGCGCGAGUCGAUGAACGACGUGUAUGGUUCUGUGCUUCUAGCGAGAGAGCAGGAGCAGAUUGCUUCAUCAGAGAUGCCAUGGCAGACUCAGGGAGGGCUGUUCCCAGCCCGAGAGCAGGAAGAGCAGCUCAGGCAGCAGGUGGAAGAGCCACAGGAAAAUGGCCAGAACAUCAAGGCAGAGCCACAAGCAGAACUGCCCGAAGCACAGAAUGACAUCAUGGACGUGAAGAAAAAGAGCAAAGAAGACAUGGGAAGAAUUCAAGAGGAGAAUCUCCAUCAGCAGAGGGGCGAUCAACAAAACCAGUCUACCAAGGGACACAUGCAGGCAGAGCUGCAGGACUCUGAGGCUAGCAACAAGGCAAGGGAGAAGAAGCUGGAGGAAGAAAUUAAAAUCUUCAGAGAGAAACCUAAUCACCUCCCUCAGGCUCUAGAAGUGGCCAUCAAGAAAAUAAAUCUAAAAGGACUGAGGAAGAAGCAACUAACCCUUAAUGAAAUCAUGAUUAUGAAGAGAUACAGGAGUCUCAGUGUUGUGAAUUAUUUAGACAGCUACCUUCUGGGUGAGGAACUCUGGCUAGUUAUGGAGUACAUGGAUGGAGGCGCCCUGAGUGAUGUCAUUAGCAAGACCUACCUCUCUGAAGUUGAGAUGGCAGCCAUCUCGAGGGAGUGCCUGCGAGGGCUGGAUUUUCUUCAUUCAAACUACGUGAUCCACCGAGAUGUGAAGAGCGGCAACAUCCUUCUCAGAAGCGACGGUUCUGUCAAGCUGGGUGAUUUUGGCCUCUCUACUCAGCUCACCCCUGAGAAGAAUAGAAAGAGCGUGAUUGCCGGGACUAUCUGGUGGAUGGCGCCUGAAAUGGUGAAGGAUCAACCAUAUGGCCCCAAAGUAGACAUAUGGUCUUUUGGAAUUGUGGGGAUUGAAAUGGUAGAUCAAGAACCUCCUUACUGCAAUGAAAGUCCGGCCUCGGCUAAACAACUGAUAGCCACAGUAGGAGCCCCAAAGCUGCGACAGGCCAAGCACCUCUCGCCUUGCCUGUGUGAUUUCCUGAGCUGCUGCCUGCAGACAGAUGAGCAGAAGCGCUGGUCUGCCAGGGAGCUCCUGCAGGCCGUGCUGGGGGCCGGACCCCUCGUCUUCGGGAAGCGCCGGAGCCUCGGAGACGAGCGGCUGCUGCUGCGGCCGGCAGGGGAGAGCUGCGGCUGCGGCCCCGGACACGGCCGAGGGCUGCCCGGCAGCUCCGUGCCGCUCCGCAGCGGCCGGGCCUACACCGGAGGCAGCACAUUGCGGCCGGCUCGGAAAAGCCCUGCCCGCAAAGCGCCCGCCACCGCCUCGGCCUCAGGGCACAGGCUGCCGGCGUCCUCGCAGCUGCGAGCCGGCCCGCGCCGCCUGCCGGCCUUGGCCACAGCUCCCGCCCGUGUCUCCAUGGCCGCGGCUGCUCGGCACAGCGGGCUGAGCACAGCCAGCGCCAGCAGCAGCUCCUCACGGGCCCAGGCUCCUGGUGCUCCCAGUCCGCCCAACCCCAAAUUCCAGCCCUGA